GAAAAUUCUGUACCAUAUAUACUCCGCAUGUCUAUGGGUAGAUUGAUUCAUAUUAGUAUUCAAAAUCUUAUGGAUCUUAUGAAUCUUGCAUCCACGACUAAUAUUUCAUUUCUUCAUCUUUAUUUUUUUUUCUUUUCUUGAAAAAAAUUUCUAUCAAUUGCAAUGAUAACUAGAAUAAGUAAAAAACAAAGAAAACAAUCAUGAAGUCGUACUGUACUCUAUGCCUUUGGCAGUCUCAAGAUUUUCAGCCUCCUCAAGCUUGGUUGUAAAAAUUUCAGGGUCUCAGCUUCUUCAAGAUAACUUGGCCUGAAAAUUUUGGUUGUCCAAGAUUGCAAGAGUUUAGGAGUUCUCAGCUUCUUCAAGUCUUCAAGAUAAUUUGUCCUAACUUCAAGAUGAUACCAUUAGUUGGAAAAGUUGGAAAAUUUCUGGCGGAAAAGACGGCAGGAAAGACAGUAGAAAAGACGGCAGAAUUGAUUGUAGUAGAUUACAUGGGAAGGAGUGACGUGGCCAACAGGCAAUCGCUGAAAAGGAAUUGGCAAGAAUUGAGCUGCAAAGCAUCUGACAUAGAAGAGAAAGUGCAUAGAGAAGAAAUGUCAGGUAAAAAGAAAAGGAAACGUGAAGUUGACAGUUGGUUGAAGAACGUUAAAAAUUUAAGUCCUGAAAUCGAUGCAUUGGAAACAAGAGGAUCAUCUUGGAGGCUUCCACUAAAGGAGGAUCCUGUAGGAAAGCUGCAACUUCAGGUGAAAGAACUUGUUGAUCAGAGCCGUCAUUUCGAUGGGCUUGUGCUCGAUAAUUAUAACAACAUCGGGGAGCCAUGCCUGCCAACCAAAUUGUUUGGAGUAAAGUUCGAGGCAGCUAAGCAGAGAAUUUGGCCAUGCUUGGUGACUGAUGAUAUAUCAAGCAUUGGGAUUUAUGGUAUGGGUGGAGUUGGUAAGACCACACUGGCAAAGCACAUUGACUACCAUCUCUCAGAAAAACCCAGUUAUCAGGUGCUUUGGGUUACAGUAUCUCAAGACUUCAGUGUCACCAGUUUGCAGGAUAAGAUUGCUAAUGUCUUAGGCAUUACUCUAUCAAAUAGGGAUGAGGAAGACGCCAGGGCAAGAAUAUUGUGUGGGGCAUUCAGCAAAAUGGAGAGAUUAGUAGUGCUCAUAUUGGAUGAUGUUUGGGAAGAAUUUUGUUUAGACAGGGUAGGGAUUCCUCUUCAUCCAAACAAGUGCAGAUUGAUUUUGACUACACGCUCACGGGAAGUGUGCGACAGGAUAAAAUGUCAAAGAAAGUUUGAUUUGCAAACUUUGGACACAGACGAAGCUUGGGAUUUGUUCAAGUAUAGACUUGGCAGCGAGACCUUGCUUCAAGGAGAUUUGGAAAAUAUUGCCAAGUCCAUUGUGGAAGAGUGUGGUGGUUUGCCUCUAGGCAUUAUCACAGUGGCUGGAAGCAUGAGAGGUGUGAGCAACAUUUGUGAGUGGAGAAAUGCAUUGGAACAAUUGAAAACAUGCUCAAUAGGGUAUCAUGAGAUGGAACGAGAUGUGUUUCCCAUCCUGGAAUGGAGUUUCAAUCGCCUGGAUAAAUAUGAAAGGAAUUGCUUCUUGUAUUGCUGUCUUUAUUUGGGCAGAGCUGAUGUCAAAACGGGACUCAAGACCAAAAGCAUUUGAUCAAGGUCAAACGAUAUUAAACAAACUGAUAAAAGUUUGCUUGCUGGAAGAAACAAAAGAUUUCGAUGGGGAUGACUGUGUG